AUGUCAACGGCUCAAAACAAUAUCACUUAUCAUAUGGGUUUGGAUGCAUCUGGUAGUCAUGUGGCACAAACCGCACUAAUCCUUAAUGACGCUGCUAGAUUAACAUAUAGAGAUCUAUCAACACAAGUCGGUAGGAUGGUAGCACUCCUACAUACCACAUUCGGGCUUAGUCGUGGCGACAGAGUAUUGACUCGAGUUGAGAAAUCCAUGGAUAGUUUAGUGCUUUAUUUGGCAACGAUACGACUUGGGGCUAUUUAUAUACCGUUAAAUCCGGCUUAUACACUAACAGAAACCAUCCAUUUUGUCAAAGAUAGUGAUCCCCAUUUAUUUGUUACCUGUAAUAUCAAGCAGGACGAGAUUUUUGCAAAUAAAGUUGAACACGUUAUGGAUUCUACUGUUUUCUUCGAGGAAAGUCGUCAGAUGAGGCCCGACUAUGGUAUAGAAUGUGUGAAGUCCGAUGACAUUGCAUGCAUUUGCUAUACUUCCGGAACUACGGGUUCACCAAAAGGUGCUAUGAUAAGCCAUGGUGGUCUCACAUGGAAUGCAGAAGCACUGGUAGAUAUGUGGAAAUUUUCACAGAAAGAUGUGCUACUCCAUAUGCUUCCGUUUGAUCAUAUACAUGGAAUGUUCAUAAGUCUCAAUUGCACCUUCUUUACGAAAUCGAGUGUAAUUUUCAGACCAAAAUUUGAUGUGAACGAUGCUUUGGAUUGGUUACCUCAAUGUACGGUCAUGAUGGGUGUACCGACAUAUUACAACCGUUUGAUGGGGAGAUCUAAUUUCGGCAAAGAUCUAACAAAAAAUAUUCGCCUAUUCAUAAGUGGAAGUGCACCUUUAUCCACGGUGUUAUGGGAAAAUUUCAAGCAGCGAACUGGACAUGAAAUAUUGGAACGUUAUGGCAUGACUGAAGCGGCUGUAAUUACAACUAAUCCUUACAAUGAUCGUAGGAAAGGAUCUGUUGGAAAAAUUUUACCGGGUGGCAGUAUUCGUACAACCGAAGAUGGUUUAGUGCAGAUCCGCCUUCCGAGCUUGUUUUCUGGUUACUGGAAAAAUGAGAAUGAAGCACAAAAACUUUUUACUGAUGACGGAUUUUUCAAUACUGGCGAUAUUGGUAAAAUUGAUGACGAUGGUUUUUUAUGGAUACAAGGUCGUGCAAAAGAUUUGAUUAUAAGUGGCGGAUUAAAUGUUUAUCCGAAAGAAGUGGAAGAUGCUAUAGAUUCUUUGCCUUAUAUAUUGGAGUCGGCUGUAAUAGGUAUUCCACAUAAUGAUUUGGGCGAAGUAGUAUUGGCAGUAUGUGUACCAGAAUCAGGUAGUCAUGUAUUUUUGCAUGAAUCUGAAGCGAUUCGUAUUCUUCAUACAAAACUUGCUAACUAUAAAGUACCGAAACGUUUUCUCUGUCUUGAUCAGUUGCCACGAAAUGCGAUGGGGAAAGUACAAAAGAAUAUUCUCAGAGAACGAUAUCAUAGUUUAUUUGGCACUCAAUAG